UCGUCUACAUAUUUUAUAUGUCUAUGCCAUGGUCAAUUUAUUUGAUUUACGUUUUUGCAGACACAUAUUUUCACCUAAAAUGACAUCUUGGCUAAUAUUACAUUUGUAGAACACAAGUACAUAUUGUGUAAGAAUUAGCAAGAAUAUAUUGAUUGUGUAAUCACAUAUACUUUUAAUUUUUUUUAAACAUUGAAAUUUAAAAGUUAUAAGUGAUAAGAAGUUAUCUGAUAAAGUCAUGGCGGAACAAAUAAAAAAUAUAGACAAAUAUUAUACUGACCUUCAAUAUGAUAUCGAUAAAACAAAUGCUAUCGUAUUCAUAAAUACAUAUAUGGAUUUUACUGGUGGCCUCCUCUUUGUCCCUAUUGCAAAAUUUUUGGAUAAUUUCACAAUUCAUACAACUGUGAAUAGUAUGGACAAAACAGAUGUACAUGAAAACAAUAUAUUACUAAGUACUAAUAAUAUAUCAAGGUAUUCGUCCGAAUACAAAAAUUAUUCUAAAAUUAUUCAUUUAUUUUAUGAUGGCAUGUGGCAAAACCCGGUACAAAACUCGUAUUUUAAACAUGAAGAACAACUAUUUGCAAAUGCAACAAAUGAAGAUAUUAGGAGAUGUAUUAAGUCAGCAAGGAAAGGAUUCAAAAUUUGGGAUGCUAAUUCUAUUGUUUUUAGAAAAAAAAUAUUAUCUAAUUUUGCUCUUGCACUAUCAUACAAUUGUGAACCUACUUUAUCAAGUUUAAUAGAAGGAUGUACGAAAUUCAUAACUUUCUAUGAAAAUUCCAACGGAUAUUGCACUCAAAACUUAGAAUUAAUAAAUUCUAGUAAAGCAAUAGGCAUUAUUAUUCUUAGAGAGAAAAAUGAAACUAUUUUGCUUCUUCGAUUGACACAAUGUUUGCUUGCUGGCAAUUCUGUUAUUGUGAUAUGUAAUGAAAAGUUCAGUAACAUAAAGUCAUAUUUGAAUAUAUUCUCAAUGUGUGAUAUACCUCCAGGUGUUCUUAAUAUGCUAUCAAGUGAAUGCAUAGAAAAUUUAGAAUCAAGAUUAUGUGGAAUAGAAUAUUCAGACUAUGCAAAACAAUAUUUUUCAGAAGAACCUAUAUUCGAAAAAUAUAAAAAUUAUACAAAUCUUUACCUUGAGAAGCAAAUUGCACACGUUCUUAAAUGAUUUGAUAUAUAUAGCAUAAAUUAUUUUUUAUUAAAGCGUAAACGCAUACAUAACAUCUUACCCAAGAGUGUAUAUAGAUUCACAUAUUUUAUUUAUAUAUUAUAAUCUCAGAGAAACAAUUUCUGUCAUUUAUUAUUGAAUUCUUUGAAAUAUAAAGCUAAUGAUUAGAUAAUUGUAAUACAAUAUAUUCUAUAAAAACCAAAAUAUACUAUAAAAAUU